CAACAGUACUACUUGGCCGAGGUGUAGGGGAGAACUACCAUGACUAGAAAGAAAACGUCCAGCACAACAGUGGGUGUCUCGAUUGGAUAACGAGAACCAUUGCAUUUUGGUUGUCACCAUCUAAACAGCAUCGACUUUCAAUUGAAUUUGCUUUCAGGUUCGAUCUUUCAGGAUCAACCACAAUUAUGCGAUUUGUAAUAACUUACUCUAAGAGGGCAUUGUAAACCAUUGAGUCUUUGAAACUUGGUGGUGGAUCUACGAAUGGAAGAAACUUGACUUCACUAUGUAGGGAAACUUGAUCACUGCAAUACGUUAACUCAAACCUCGAUAAAUACACCGGACACGCGGACUCUAUGUUCGUCGUUAAUGCGUUCUGGAAUGGACUGCGGGUGAAGAUCUCCAGAACAUGUUGAGGACUCUUGCAGUCAACUAAAUUUGGAUGUGUGAGGUUUUAAUUCUCUUCCAUCCAGCGAAUUGGGUUUACCACUGCGCGGUUGUCUUCAUGUUUUUUGGGUCAUUAUUUCCAGUGGCUAUUAUUUUUUGUCUCGAGAGACAUUGUAGCAGUUGGCGGUAAUGCUAACAUUCACUGUAGGUUGUGUCACUUGAUGAAACUUGCGAAAAUAUUGACAAUAGUGCGAAGGAAACAGCAGGAGUUGCACAUUGUUUGCACAUGUCUUGAGUGAAGCGACAUGUGGUGGUGACACAAUGGUGGGUUUGCAAGGAGAGGCUGCGUGUAAGCCGUAUUUGAAGAGGAAGGUCCUGCUCUGGCUAUGCACGUUCCCCGCUGUGUGGGCUGUACUUGCGCCAGAGACACAAGCGCUUCUCAACUUCAAAGCUGGGUUGACCAAAGUUGGCAAGCUAGUCAGCACAUGGAAUAGCAGCAAUGUGGACUUCGCCGGCUGCCCAGUACAAUGGUAUGGAGUAGUUCGGAAGAGUAGCGGCUAUGACUGCCAAGUUGUUGAGCUACUACUUCCGACUAGUGGUUUAGCAGGCGCUAUUUCACAAGCUAUCGGUGGCCUACCGCACCUGGUGAACCUGUCGUUAGCUCAUAAUGAGUUGGAGGGCGACAUCUCCACAAUUCUUAAGCUACCAAAUCUUAUGCGUCUCUUCCUCUCUGGAAAUGCUUUCUCAGGUUCUAUUAAGUUUGAGACUGGUUCGAAGUUGGUGGUGGUGGACCUUAGCGACAAUAGUUUCUCAGGUUCCAUCGAAUCUCCGCUUCCAGAGAGUGAUCUUCUUGAGAUGAACCUUUCUGGAAAUGAAUUUUCUGGCCGUAUUCCUCAGGAGCUGUUCCAGAAAACCACACUUAAGACUCUUGAUCUGAGUAGGAACAAGUUUGGAGGACCUAUACCUGCUGUGCAGGUUAUGGUCUCCCUUACGACGCUGAAGUUGUCAGACAACAUGCUGGAGGGUCAGAUUCCACCUGAAUUGUUCAACGAGCAGACUCCACAACUUCGAGAAGUGGACCUCAGUCGGAACCAGCUUAGCGGUGGCUUGGGCCUUGUGACUACCAAAGUCAUGAGUGUUUUGAGGCUUGCUUCGAACAGCAUGACAGGCCCUCUGCCUUCGAAGAUACAGUCUUGUAGUGUGGUCGAUUUGAGUGAUAAUCAUUUCUCUGGAAGCAUGUCGUUAAGCAAAUGGAGUGCCAACCUUCGGGCAUUGAAUCUAAGUCACAAUAACCUCAGUGGUACCAUAGACAACGCAUCGCUGGUGCAGAUGUUCGCAUUGAAUGUGCUCGAUCUUAGCUUCAAUCAACUCUCUGGUUCUAUUCCUCCACAGUUUUUGGCAUCGCCCUCCAUCACCGAGCUAGUGCUAUCACACAACCAGUUCGAAGGAUCUAUUCUUAAUUCCUUACCUUCAACAAGUUCGCCGCUUAACGUAUUAGACUUAUCCAGCAAUCAUUUAAGUGGUGCUAUUCCUGACGCAUUAGGUUCUUACAGUAAGCUCCUUGUUCUCAGCUUGAGUACAAACCAUUUGGAGGGUACAAUACCGGGGCGUUUUUCUAAUCUGGUGCAGCUUCAGAUUCUUGACCUUUCCAAGAACUCGCUGACAGGUUCUAUACCUUCAAGGCUUUCUCUACAGCUAAAGAGCUUCAAUGUAUCUGGAAACAACUUAUCAGGCACAGUACCUUCAAACCUGGCCGGCUUUUCAACAUCGUCUUUUUAUCCUGGAAAUCCAAAUCUUCUCUUGCCACAUGCACCGUCUUCUCACGAUCCAGGCUCUGGAGUACAGGUUAGUUUGGGAAGCAGUCACAAACGAGUAAAUCUUGCAGUAAAGGUCGGAUUGAUAGUUGGAAUUACUCUUGGAGCAGUGCUUAUUGCAGCAUUAUGCUUGAUCAUAUACUUUCGUAAAACACUGAGACCUUCGAUGAAGUUACCUAUAGCGCAGUCCAUAGAACAGGGCACUAAACCAAAGGCCGACGCUGGAGAGGCCGUUGAGCAACCUGGUGUGCCAUCCUCAAUUUCCAGGGGUUCUGUGAAGGGUACAUUAGCACCGCCGAAAGCGAGGAGUGACAUCAAACGUGAUGCCCUUGAUUUACAGAAGAGUGGCGAAUCACCAAUGCGAACGAAGUGGCGAACAGCUGGGGCACCCUCAGAUGAUGAUGCCUCCGUCUCAUCCGAGCACCCUAUGGUAUUGAAAGUCAAAUCUCCUGAUCGCUUGGCUGGCGAUCUUUUCUUUCUCGAUGCUACGCUCCUAUUCACCGCUGAGGAGUUGUCACGAGCUCCUGCAGAGGUCCUAGGAAGAAGCAACCACGGGACGUCAUACAAAGCUACAUUGGACAAUGGCCAUAUUCUCACAGUGAAAUGGUUGCGUGAGGGACUUGCCAGGAACAAGAAGGAGUUUACCAGGGAGGCUAAACGAUUUAGUGGUGUCAAGCAUCCCAACGUUGUGUCAUUGCGAGGUUAUUACUGGGGUCCUCGAGAACAUGAGAAGCUUCUAUUGUCUGAUUUCAUCAGCAGAGGCAGCUUAGCUCAUCAUUUAUAUGAAAAUUCAGAGCGGAAGCAACCUCCACUUACAUGGGAUCAGCGAUUGCAAAUAGCGGUUGGAGUUGCUAGUGGGUUGUCUUACCUACACAACAAGCAUGGAGUACCUCAUGGUAACCUCAAGGCAAACAAUAUCCUUCUUCAGGGUCCUGAAUUAACCGCCCGGGUAUCUGACUACAGUCUUCAUCGCCUGAUGACUGUUGCUGGUACUGCCAAUCAGAUCUUAAACGCAGGUGUCCUGGGGUACCGAUCCCCUGAGCUGGUUGCCACACGCAAGCCUAAACCCUCGUUAGCAUCUGAUGUAUACGCAUUGGGUGUAAUUUUGUUAGAGCUGCUCACAGGCAAAGGUGCAGGAGAUAUCAUGUCUGCCAACUCUGGAGCUGUGGAUUUACCAGAUUGGGUUAGAGUGGCUGUGAAGGAAUGCCGGCCAGUGGACUGCUUUGAUGCGGUGCUUGUGGGUUUGCACAGAGAGCAAGAACCCCCGAAAAGCAUGUACGAGGUUCUAGACAUAGCCUUCUCUUGCAUGACGCCUCAAGCAACGAGGCCGACCCUGAAGUGCAUUUUAGAUCAGUUGGUUGCUCUUGCAAAUGCUUAACAGUCCAUCCAAUUGGGAGAUGGAUCCAUUGAUGUAUUAAGUAGUUUUUUUAAUUUCUUGAGGUUAUACAUUUAAAAACUUGAGUCCUUUACUGGUUGAGUUUAUUUUUUGGAACAUCACGAAUAUGUAUUUUGAUUCCCUUAUUCUUACAAAUGUUUCAUGUUACAAA